AUGGAAGUUACGGUAAAGGCUUAUCGUUGGGCCAACGUCACCGAACGGGACGUCCCCGUCCAUUUGCGCAUUGGCCCAUGUUUGCACACUGCUGUGGCCAACAUCAAGGAACGUCAACCACGGACCGACUCGAACGGUCUCACGGGCGAAUGCGACGUGCAAGUGGGAUGUGCAUACGUCACCCGCAAAGACCCGAGGUUCGAGUAUUUUUCCUUUUCGUCCCCGGAGCGGGCCUGGAGACUAGCCAUGGCAAGCUGGGAUAGGUAUGGUGAGGAUAAGAAAUAUCGGAAAGAUGUCGACGUGAAUGACAAUCCAAAGCACGUUGGUGAGCCUCUUAGAAAGCUGACGCUAGAGGACCGGUUGGAGCUGCGGAGGCAGACUCGUGAGCAGCAAAAGAAGCGGUCUGUGCUCGCGGAGAUCGAUGCCGCCGACGACAGCGAUGGGCUCGAUGACAGCCGACCCGUGAAGAGAACGAAGUCUAGCGGGGAGGGCAGCGGGGAGCAGUCGCCGGACCUGGACAUCGUCAACGUGGCCACCAACGGGAAGACCAACGGCAAGGAGGUCGUGGACCUCGCCGAGGAUGACAUCGGCAAGCGAGCUGCUGCCAUUCGCCGGGCUCGUCGGAGAGCCAUGGCUCAGGCAGCUAAGGCAGCACCGGUCCCCCGGCCGCCUGCGUCUGCUGUUCUAGACCCAGAGGUGGAGGUCCUGGAGUGA